CAUUAUACGCGGCCGAGAUGUAAACAGAGCGGCCAUGGCGGGACUGCAAGGCGCCCCCAAGACCUUCGCUAAUCUCAAGAUAGAAGUCCCCAACGACCUCCAGAUCGAGGAUGGCGAGCUCCCGGAGGAUCCUGGGACUGAUAGGAUGGAGGAGGACGAGCUGGAGGAAGGGGAGGCCUCCGAGGACGACGUGGAGGUCAAUGUGAUCAUACGGGACGGGGACACCGGCGGGCCUGUUCGAGGGACGAGAGAACCCUUGCAGGGCAGGUACGAAGAGGGCGUCCUGCGGGGAAGGCGCGUAGGGGUCACAGAUGCUCCCAACCUUGACUCUCUGGUUUUCGAUGUAAGACCGGAGAAAAAAUACGAGAAUAGAAGUGGCGGUGGCUUUGUCUCUGGGGUCUAUGAGGUAAGGACACUGGCGGUAAUAGUGAGAGAAUUUGUCAGUAGUUCAGAGAAACAAGAUCGGUUCCAGUUCUUUAUCCAUGUGUUUAGAUGUUAA